GUGAUGUGCUCGGUGUGUUGGUUCGCCGUAGUUCCUGUGUGGUGGACGGCGCUAGGUGUACAUGUCGGGCGGUGGAGGGGGCGGAGUGUGCUGUACAGGAGGCCUAGAUAAAGAUGGCCACAGAGGAGCGCUGUGCUUAUCAGUCCCUCAUCCCUUUCCCUCUCAGGUCCCAGUGAAUGGUCUGACUGAGAAAGGUGUUAUUGGAUAUUAAUAAUGGAAAUUAAAUAAAGCGGGAGACGGAAGAACAUACAAGUUGGAAAUGCCUAGAAAAAGGAAGAGUUUGUCGUCAAGUCCUAAAAGAAGGGUUUCUGUCAGCGACUCUUCAUUCAUCCCAUCUCCCUCAAGUAGCCUGCCCCUUCCAUCUGCCAUGAGCAAUAACAGGAAGGAUGUUUUUAGCAGUAUGUGUGAGAUGUUCCCCAAUCUUGACUCGUCCUUGGUUGAGAUGGUGCUUAGUGAAUAUAAAGAAGUUGAGAUAGUGAUGGACUACCUCCUGGAGCUCUCAACAGCCUCGAAAGGGAAUACUGAAGAGUCAACAGGUUUUGCUGAGGUUGCAUCAUUUCUGGAUGACUUCCAGACUGAAUCGCAGGGUCCAGAAAUUUUUGAAGAUGUUCCAAAUCAAAUAGAAGAACAGCAAGACACCUCGUACAUGGAUGAGACUGUGUGCAAUGACUUGGAUAUGUUGUUAGAUGAGGCACUUGAUCAGUACGGCUUAUACAAUGUAGAAUCAUUUUGUAGCACAGAACAUGGUGAAGACGCCUCAUUGCUUCAUAAUAUAGUGAAGCCAGAGCUGGAUCAAGCUGCCUCCAUUGACAAUACCUCAUUCCACAUGGACCAUACAAACUUAAUGGAUCAGUCCAAAGCAGAUCUUCAAAGAGAAGAUUACACACGUGCCUUGGAUUCCGAUGUUACUUCUUUCGUUGAACGUGAAGCGGGCACAUCUUCAGGUGUCACUGAGGUGGCAAACGUACAAUCUGAUUGCAAGGCUGUACCAGAUAUAAUGUUCAGCUCUCUAAAUUGUUCUCAUUAUGGAGCCACGUAUUCCCAAGAAAACGUUAGGAGUGUUGAGAAACCGAUGGCAGUACACCAGCAAUGUGCUGGGCCAGUAUCCCCAUCACAUGUGAAACUGCCGAGUGCACCCCCAAAGACACAAACCAAGUGGAAUCCUAUGGCCUCUUCAUUUUAUCCAAUAUCCAGUGUAAAUCCUUCAUUCAUUGCACCGGUAGCUGUUAUUCCUUCACAAUGGACAUGUAGAAGAGAUCCUGUCUCAGGAGUUUACUUUAACCCUCCUCCUCCUCCUCCUACUUAUGUCCGGAAUAAUAACCAUUUUCCUCAAACCCAUUGGAUUGCUGAGAAUACCAAACCUAUUAAUAAGGCUCACAGUGGUCCUCAAACUUCCAAAAAAGUGACACCGUUUGUAGGAAACGUGCUUGUCCUUCUGAGGGGUGCCCCAGGCUCUGGAAAAUCUACAUUAGCAAGGUUAUUACUAGAGCAGAAUCCGUCAGGAGUUAUUCUGAGCACUGAUGAUUACUUUAGCCAAAAUGGUGAAUACCAGUAUGAUAUAAACUGUCUUGGGGAAGCUCAUGAGUGGAAUCAUAAACGAGCCAAAGACGCCUUUGAGAAGAAUGUGUCACCCAUCAUAAUAGACAACACCAAUAUACAAGGAUGGGAAAUGAAGCCCUAUGUCUCUCUGGCUAUGAAACACAAAUAUCAGGUAACAUUUCGGAAACCUGACACUUGGUGGAAAUAUAAACCGAAAGAGCUUGAAAGGCGUAACCGUCAUGGAGUAAAAAAAGAGAAGAUCAUAAAAAUGUUAGAAAAUUUUGAACGUGUGACUGUGAAUUCUAUAUUAAAUCUCGGUUCCCCAAAGUCAACUAGAAAUGCUGAUUGUUUCCAAAUAAAAAAAGCUGAAAAUACUGGGGAGCUUAAUGUCUUGCCACGGUCUUUAAAAGAAGAAGAAACAUCUCUUUGUAAAACUCCUGAAUCUGGAAACAUGGGGAAUGCAGCUCCAGCCAUACAGAAGAGCUUUGAAGUGUCUACAGAUGGCUCAGAACUUUUUCCUGAUGUUACAAAAUCAGAGGGGGAAAACUAUGUGGACUUAAUUCAGUUAGAGCAAGAUAUUAAUACAGAAAAUGAGGGGCAAUGCAAGGAAAACUGUUCGUCUGAUGAGGCUUCUAUAGAGGCAGCUGGAGAUAACGAGGGUCCAGAUAUAGAUAGUGGGUCCUUCCUGAACGAAAGACCAGAAUUGCUUAGUUUUGUAGGAGAUUGGCCUGUAGAGCAAACCAUGAGUCAGAGGGCCCCACGGAGUAGAAAAGCCAGAGCAAGACAUGAACGACACAAUCCUGUGCAGAAAAAUGGUGAAGAUGAUAAAACUGCAGACCCUGGUACAGAACAAAUAGAUACGGCUAUUACACAUGAACCAAUAGAUAAUCAAUCAAAUGAAGAAGACCAGAUGAUAGAAGCGGCUGCUUUAGAAGUUGGUCAUUGUGCUGACAUCUCCACCGUGAAUGAUGGUAAAGAAGGUUUACUGGAAUUGGAAAAUCUGUUGUAUACCUUAUUAACGAAGGAAGAUUGUGCCGAAGAAGAUGGCAAAUCUGAGGACCUGUUUAUUGAUAAGAUCUCUGAUGUUCAAGAGCAGGUAUCUGAAUGUACUGAUGGCGUGACUACUCAAAGCACCUCAAGUGUUAAUGAAGAAGUUAAAAUAAAGCCAAGGACACCCCGACAUAACUCUAGGCAAUGCAAAUUAGCACUAAACUUCCCAAACAACUGUGCUACCUCAUCCAAGCGUGAGGAGUCAGAAUGCCUUCAGCAGCCUAUCAUUGGCCCUUCUAAAUUAUCACAAACCGAGCCUCACGAUUUUGCAAUAGCAUGGAGAGCAGAGAGGAAUGAAGAUGUUUUAGGUUCUGCAAAAAUUAUCCUAGGAGAAAGCAGUAGGUUCACAUCGAAGUCAUUAGAUGGCAGCUCAGAUGCUCAGGAGAGUAUACCGUACAGAGUGAUGCAUCAUAAAAGCACCUUUGUGGAGGAGGAUGAUAUCAUUAGUUUAGAUGAUCAGGACAGUUUAGUUAUUCUUUGCAAACUCUUUAGGUCCCUUUCAUUUGACGUAGUGAAGGAUUUGUUUGAAAGGUGCAAUAAAGAUCUAGUAUGGACAACAAACCUGCUUCUUGAUUCUGGCGAAAAAAUGUAUAAGGACGAAGAAUGUGAAAUGGAGGACUGCAAAGGCUUAGAAUCAUGUUCCCAUACAAAUAAGGAUAAUCUUAAGGAUAACAAUUUUGUAAUACUUGAGGAAGAAUCUGUUAUAGACUCUGUAGAACAUUGUGAAAACGAGGACCGCAAUUUUACCGACCUCAAUUUAAAGGCGUCUGAAUAUUCUCCCUUUGUAAACGCAUUUCCCCUUGUUGUUGCAGAAGAAUUAAAAAAUGGCAAUGUUUUAUCCUCUAAUGAAAUAAAUCUUGGCCAUCAGUGUACAGUUUCUUCUGAAAUUCAAGAACUUUUUCCAAGCCAUGAAACUAUAAUCGACACCAUUGCUUCUGACCUAAUGUGGCCUUCAGAGUUAGAGGCAGACCAUCCUAAUGUACACGAUUCAUCUCUCAGUAUAUUACAAAGCAGUAACAGAUUGAAAACUAUUAAUAAGGGCAAAACAGAGGAUAUUCAUUUGCAUAACGCAAAGUUGGACAAAAAAUUAGAUUAUGUUUCUGAAAUAUUAGCAGUUGGGAAUUAUGAAGAGAGAGAGUUUACAGAAGUCGCUGCAGAUGUCGAAGAGGAAAAGAAGAUGCAAAAUAAAAGCGACUGUAGGUCACACUCUAAGGAAUCCUUGCAAUUUGAUUAUUUGGAGUUGACUUUGCCUCCAGAAUUUGCCUAUCAACUCACUGAGUUGUUUGGCCCAGUUGCAAUUGAUCCAGGCUCAUUAACGUUUGAAGACUGUGUAGUGCCAAUAGACCUGAAAUUGGCUGAAUCUAUUCAUCAGAAGUGGAAAGAAUCAAUUAUGGAGAGACAAAGACAAGAAGCUUUAUCUUAUCAGCUCAUUUUCCAAGACAGCUUACCAGAUGACCCAGUUGACCUCCUGGAUAAUGUUUCCCAAAAACCAGAGUCUGGUGUGUCACAGAGAGAUACAGAUCUGUUCCCAUUCAUGGAUCAGUGGAACACAAGAGUAAAAAAGGUGUCAUUGCGGCAGAUCAUUGCAGAAGAAAUGGCAUUACAGGCCCACGAAGACUCGAAGAAGUCUUCAUCAAGUAAAAACUGUGCUGUGAAACUGAAGGAGAAGCAGCUGUUGGAAUUGUUUCCUUAUGUCGAGCAGCAGCUACUACUUGAUAUCUUCAAGGAAAACGAUUAUUCUUUAGAGAAGACUGAGCAGUUCAUGAGCUCUGUCCUGGAGGCUGACCCUGUGCAGAAUGUGAUAGCGCAAGGCUUCAAGCAAGCAGUGUCCACAGCGACUGAAACAAACAAGGAAAAGAAAUUGAAGCCAGAUAAAGAAAUCCUCAAUGAGCGAUAUUUCCAGGACUUGGAUUACCCAAAUUAUGAUGACUUCAGAGCGGAGGCCUUUCUCUAUCAUCAGAAGCAGCAGGAGAGCUACAGGAAAGCCGCAGAAGCUCAUAACAGGGGCAUGAAGCAAGUAGCAACGUAUUAUGCUCAACAGGGCUAUCUGUACGGGCAGAAGAUGAAAGAAGAGCAUCGGAGAGCAGCUGUAGAGAUCUUCGAGAGCGCUAAUGAGUAUCUAUUGCCAGAGAAUAUAUUAGAUUUACAUGGACUCCAUCUGGAUGAAGCAAUGAAACACUUCCGCAAAGUGCUGCAGGAGAAGACAGAUGAGUUCAAGCAGAAUGGAGGCAAGCCACAUCUCCUUGUGAUCACUGGGAGGGGAAACCAUAGCCAAGGAGGAGUUCCUCGUAUUAAACCCGCAGUUGUAGAUUUCCUUACAAAUCACGACUACAGAUUUCAAGAGAAGACCCCAGGCGUUCUCCGUGUGACAUUGAAGUGAAUCUGCAUCUUCAUUAUCAUCAUCAAGUUGGUUGGAUUUGGAAAGGGAAUAUGACGGCAACACAGGCAUCAUACAAUCAAGGGAUUAAUGUUUCUUUAUAGUUUUCCUUUUAACCUGUCAGUGCUAUGUUGCAGAUUGAGUGCUUGAUUGUUUUAUAGGAAGUUUCACCUUGCUCAUUACCAUUUGUGGUGUAUCUGCGACGAGCGACCUACUGUUUUUAAGAGAAAAAAUUGUGCUUUUAUGGAUGGGACCUUUCUCUCUGAAUUGCCCAGUACAAGUUUUAGUGUGAUAUUUUAUGUUUCCAUAUCUGGAGCACGUUAUCAGCUACUUGUACAGUGUCGGUAUUGUUAGUACAGGCUGAUCUUGCUAUGUAUUUGAUUUUAGGCAAUUCAGAUAUUGGUCCCAAUAGUAUAUGAUAAAUACUGGGCCAAGAAAAUGUACCACUUUUGGAGCCGCUCACCUUAUGAGUACUUUUCAGAUUAACCGAAUCUCUCAUUCCAUGAGCAGGAACACAUGCUGCAGUCUGGAAAUGGAAGGGGCGAGAGGCACUCAUGUGUAUACUGUAGCAGCCUUUCUGCUCCUUCCAUAGCAGAAUACAGAGUGCACUAAUUGCUGCCUAUGUUCUGCUGCUUGAGAAAGAUGUUAUCUGUAUUCAACUUUGAGUUCCCCGCUGUUGCUGUUCUUGUUCCCAAUUGUUAAAGCUGUAGUCCAGGAUUUGAAAAACAUGUCUUCUUCCUACUAAAUAACAGCUUGCAUGUUAUAUUGCAGCCCAGCCAUGCCAACUUUAAUUCAAUAGAGUUACAAUACCAGACAUCCCAUGGCGCUGUUUCUGGUAGAAUGCAGCCUUGUUUUUCUAAUCUUGGACAACCCCUUUAAGGCCUAGUUCGCUCAGUCUGGUUUUUUAAUCAGUGAUGUCUAUCAGCUAUUGUAAACCAAAACCAGAAAUUGAGCCCACAUAGAGGUAAGGUAUAAUAAUUUGCUCCUGUUCUGUGUAUUUGACCCACUCUUGGUUUUGGCUCACAAUCACUGACCAAAAACUGACAUGUGUAACUGGCCUAAGAUCAAGUUGCAUCAUUUGUACUCAUUUGGAAAUUACUAGUAAUGCGGUUAAGUAAAAUAUUAAGUGGUUCCAAAGGUGGUGCUUAGCUUUAAUUAUUAGAGGGCUCGGCUAUUUCAGUUGUGAGUGUAUUAGGGUCCAUUCACACGUCCGCAAAAUGGGUCCGCAUCCGUUCUGCAAUUUUGCGGAACGUGUGCAGACCCAUUCAUUUUCAAUGGGGCCGGAAUGUGCUGUCCGCAUUUGCA